AUGGGCAAUAGCAACAUUUCUCACAAAACAAAUUCAUCGAAAGAGAUAUUACUUGUUUACAGUAAGGACAAGGCUAACAACAAUAGUGAAGUUGUCCGAAAACUAAUGAAUAUCAAGAUAAAACCCUCCAAUAUGCACAUAGGUAUAGAAAAACUUAGGAAAGUUCGUGGUGGGGGACUGGCCAUAGAAUUGGGAACUAAUAGGGAUGUAACAGUCUUGGAAAAGACCAUAGAAGAACAGAUACCAGAGCUAGUAACUCGAAGACCCAAAAAAAGAUGGCCACACGUUGCUAUUUAUUCUGUUCACAACGAAAUAACGAAGAAAGACCUUCCUAAAUUGAUAUAUCAGCAGAACCAUAUAAUAUAUGAAAAUUUAUCUGAGGAAGAAUUUAUCCGGCAAUUUAGAUCCAAAUUUGUUUUAGGGAAAAAGAACGCUACAUAUAUAAACUGGAUAGUGGAAACAUCGCCAUAUGUCAGAAAACUCCUCUUAAAUAUGGAAAAAGUUAAUGUUGAAUGGUCACGCUGCAGAAUCGUUGAUUUCCAUCCGAUUCUGCAGUGUUUCAAGUGCUGUGGAUAUCACCAUUCGGCUAGAGAUUGCUCGCAAUCGGCAUAUAUUUGUAGUCAUUGCGCGGGGAAUCAUUCUUUCAACGAAUGUCCAAACUUAGAGAAUGAACCAAAAUGCUGCAACUGUUUGCGUAACAAUAUACAUAACAACCAACACAAUGCACGGGAUGGCUUUUGUCCUGUUAAACAGCGUAUUAAAAAUUUUAUUGUUUCUAGAACUGAAUAUGGAACCGAAUAA